AGAAGUGCGGGCGCCCCUGUGCCGGAGACUCGAGGAGGAAGGAGAGAAGAUGGCGGCCGCUUCCAAUGAGGGGAUUCUGAUCGGGGACAAGCUGUACUCCGGGGUGCUCAUCUCUCUGGAGAAUUGCCUCAUCCCCGAGGAGAAGUGCUCCCUCACCGCGUCCAUGCUGGAUGGCCUGGGCAAUGACACCGAGACCGACCUCCGUUGUGUGGGCUGCGAGCUCAUCCAGUCAGCCGGCAUUCUCCUCCGGCUCCCUCAGGUGGCAAUGGCUACAGGACAAGUAUUGUUUCAACGGUUCUUCUACAAUAAAUCCUUUGUGAAGCAUUCCAUGGAGCAUGUCUCAAUGGCCUGUCUCCACUUGGCUUCCAAGAUUGAGGAGGCACCAAGGCGCAUCAGGGAUGUGAUUAAUGUGUUUCAGAGACUUCGCCAGUUGAGAGAUAGACAGAAACCAUCGCCAAUGGUGUUGGAUCAGGACUAUGUGAACCUAAAGAACCAAAUUAUUAAAGCUGAAAGACGGAUCCUAAAAGAACUGGGUUUUUGUGUCCAUGUGAAGCACCCUCACAAAAUUAUAGUGAUGUAUCUGCAAGUAUUGGAGUCUGAACGCAAUAAGCAUCUUGUCCAGACAUCAUGGCUAGCCUCUGAGGGUAAGUGACUAAGACUUCUCCUCUGCUGUCCAAGCGCUUUGGUGCAGGGAUAGCUGCCGUCUUCAGUCAGUCCCAACCAGGUUCCCCAGAAAGAAGGCUGCCUCUGGUCAGGUGGUAUAUCUACAGCGAAGUACCUGGGCUCAUCGCUCCUCAUGGUUUUCUUUCUCUUUCAUGCUUGUUCUUACAAUGACAUUUAAACUGCCUUUUUGUUCUGUUUUUUAUCUAGUGUUUCUCUAAUUAUAGAUAUUGCACAAUAUUGCAUUUCUGUUCAGUAGCUAGUAUGAUUACUUAUGAUUUUCCGUUAAAGAAUGUCAGCCCAAACUGGGGAAUAACUCAUGGUGGUGAGAUAAAUGUGCUAGCUAUUUAAAGUCAGCUAUUUAUUUUAAAUUUGUUAAUGCAGGACAAAACUUUAAGACCAUGGGGGAUUCAAGCCACCAAUUUAAUCUCUUGGCUAAAUUCCUUAACAUUGGUUUGGGGCAACCUUUAAAGGACCACAUGAAAUGCCUUAUUCUACUGUGCAGAGCCAGUACAAGUAUUCAAUUUUUUUUUCUUUUUUCCCAGGUGCCAUUAUUCUUUCUCCAUGUUCAUGUAGACAAAGCACCCUAGCAAAAGGGAGACUAGUGUGUGUAAAACAUUAAAAUUCCUUGUAUUAUAUUUUUGAUUAAAAGUGCAAGGACUUAAUUUUCCAGUUGAUCUUUAUGUCCCUGAAAAGCCUCCCUGGAUUUAGGUAUUGCCUGGGACCUCAUCUUCCUGAGUUGAAAUGAAGUCCUGGCCCUUCCUGAUAACCUCCACAGAAUAUCAUUUAGCGGUAAUGCCAGAUCCCUUACUACCCAUAGACAUUCUAGUAUGACAGUGGUGGAGUUGGCAGCGGGGCUGAUGCAUAAUCUUUCCAUUUUCAGGGAGAGUACAUAUGUUCAGCCUCUGGGCUUGGUACUAAAAGGGAUUUCACAGGUAUAUUAAGACCAAUGCAUGUCUUUGGCACUUGGCAGUUGCAUUCUGCUUGUCUGCAGCUUUACAUAGGGUGGCCAAUGUCGCACAGUCCCUGCUCACUUUAAGACCUACUUAAAAGCCAUGUGAAUAAUAAAAUUACCAUUUUAAUAACCGUUCUGUGCCUUUUUGCUAGACGGCUUAAUCUGCAUGUGGAGAAAUACAAUGGCAUGGGUGGGAGAGUAAAACAAACCAUUUUUGUCCCUAGAAAUGCAUUAUUUUUGUGAGAAUAGCCCUUUAAGCAUAAUUUAUUUGAAAUGUAAUGUCUUAUGCUGGCCACACAAAUGCAAAAAUAUAACAUUUCAUCUUUUGUAAUGUCUGCCGAAUCAAAUAUAAAUGCUGUUUAGGCAGAACUUUACAUUUAACUGUGUUCUGAUAUGUGGCUUUAGUACCUUUUUGGGUUCUGUUUAAAGGAAAGGUGUACAUAAGAUGAAUGUUUCUGGCAUUCUUCAGUAAAUUGGUCUGUUGUGCUAAUCGGUCUACCAAAUUUUCAGUACAUGUUUACUUUAAAGAGAACCUGUGGUCAAGCUAUGGACAUUUUCUAAAGCAACUGUAAAUAAGCUCUACAGCAAGCCCUCAUAGACCUGUACUUGCUGGUACUGUUAAUCCUCGUUUACAGCAAAAUCACUUGUACACAUAGUCUAUUAGUUGCAGGCGUUGCUCCACCACACCAUCUAGCAGUGACUUGACAGCCUGCAGGUCAUCUAAUAUCUGAUGUAAUUAUAGUGAAGGUGGUCGGGUUAGUAGAAUGCUGAGAUGACUUUAAUUUUAGAACUUUGAUGGUCAAUUACUCUAGUGUUGCUAUAGAGGUUAGUGAAGACUUGUUUUAAAGCUUACUUACUGCUUAA